UUCAGUAAUAAUUGGCUAUCAGUUGAAGAAAGAACUCGACUGGAAGCUGUUCAACGAGAUUGGCGUUUAUCUCGGCCUGAUGGGCGAUUCUUGAAAUUUGAUGAAGAAUUAGGGCGAGGAUCUUUUAAAACAGUGUAUCGUGGCUUGGAUACUGAGACAGGAGUUGCCGUGGCUUGGUGUGAAUUACAAGAAAAUAAAUUGAAUAAGAUCGAAAGACAAAGAUUUAGAGAGGAAGCUGUAAUGCUUAAAGGUCUUCAACACCCAAAUAUUGUGCGAUUUUAUGACUAUUGGGAAAGCCAAGAACAUGCAGGCAAAAAAAAAUGUAUUGUGUUAGUUACGGAACUGAUGACCUCUGGGACGUUAAAAAUGUAUUUAAAACGUUUUAAACGUAUAAAUAUUAAGGUGCUGAAAUCGUGGUGCAGACAAAUUUUGAAAGGUCUUUCUUUUCUGCAUUCUCGUGAUCCACCUGUCAUACAUCGUGAUUUAAAAUGCGACAAUAUCUUUAUUACGGGCACAACAGGUAGCGUUAAAAUUGGAGAUCUUGGCCUUGCGACAUUAAAAAAUAAAUCUUACGCUAAAAGUGUCAUCGGCACACCUGAAUUUAUGGCACCAGAAAUGUAUGAAGAAAUGUACGAUGAAAGUGUUGAUGUUUAUGCUUUUGGAAUGUGUCUUUUGGAAAUGGUGACUGGUGAAUAUCCUUACUGUGAAUGUCAAUUUCCUGCUCAAAUUUAUCGUAAAGUAACAACGGGUGUUAAACCAGAGUGCUUUUAUCGAAUUCCACCGCAAUAUCCCGAAAUUCGAGAGAUUAUUGAUCGUUGUACGCGAGUUCGAAAAGAAGAGCGAGCCACUGUGAAAUCAUUGUUGGCGGAUGAUUUCUUCAUUCCAGAAGAACUUCUCGGAAUACGUAUUGAAAUAAAAAAUCGUGAGAUCGAUCUUAAUGAAGCAAAUACUGAGAUUCAAAUGCAGUUACGAGUUUUUGAUGAAAAGAAGCGGAAACAAUAUCGAUUCAAGGAAAAUGAAGGUUUACAAUUUGCCUUUGAUAUUGAAAGCGAUAAAGCUGAAGAAGUCGUUCAACAAAUGAUCGAACAGCAACAUAUUCCCGAUCAGGACACAGCAAUGAUUACGAAACUUAUUAAAGAUAAAGUUAAAGCAUUCAAACGAGAUCGUGAAGUUCGUCACGCUGAAAUCAAAAGGCAUCGUGAGGAAGAAGCACGAAGAUUGGAGGAAGCACAAAUACGAAAUGAAAUAGCAUUGCGAGGGAGGAAGGACCGAGUUAGGAGUUUAUCAUUUUUGGUCUUUUCUAGAUGGUCUUUUUUUCUAAGAGCUCAUUUCAUUUGCGACUGUGUAAGUUGUCGAUUAGAUACGACGCACAAGACUGUCACGUUUCAAUUUGCCCCAGAUUCAGAUCAACCAUCCGUUAUUGCUGAAAAAUUGGUUUUGCAGGCAAUUCGGGAGGAUCCAGCUAGAGCGGUAGGUACUAAAUUUGUAAUAAGCAUAUCAGCCACAGAUGCGCCAUUCAUAACCGCACUGAAAAAUUCUGCUAAUGCUAUUCCUCAGAUGAAAGGUGGUAAUAUAUCACCGCCUUCUGUGGACAUUUUGUUUUCAUCUCUGAAUGGUCAGCCUAUUCAACUGAGCAAUAAAAUUUUUGAUGACGAUGGCUCACCAACCAUUGUGCCAAGCGGAAUGCAGAAACCGGUAAACGAAUGA